AUUUGAGGCCGUUCCAAACAACAUGGACGCCGCCAAUAGAUCCGCGUCCUUACCUUGACGACUGGACUGGACCAACUUCUACGCUUCUACGGCGUGCAUUCAUCAUUCGUGUUGCGUUUUCGGUGUAUCGUCGGUGUCGUCGACUUGCAGGCCAUGGAACCCGGCCAAACAACGCAGCUCGAGCCACGGUUCUCGACUCACGAAUUCUCCCGAAAGUUCGGCGAAGCCGUUGUGCAUUUCCUCGUGCUCAAAAUGAACAAAAGCUUCUUCCUGUGGAUCGGAUCCCGCAGAGCGAACUUGUCCAACAUAGCCGUCGCCAUGAAGACUGCCUACGACAAAGUUCCGACGAGCACGGGCCUCCUCGGUGAUCCAUCGGACCUGACGUCGACUUCGUUGGCGUCCAAACUUGCGAGUCGGACGGGCUGUCAAGUGUUUGUGAGCUGCAAUCUGGCGGAUCCGGAUAAGGCAACUGUCAACUUCGUCCACGAGUGUUUGGCCGAAGAGAUGACGCUUUUUCCUAACAAAUUUUAUUAAAUGUGGCUUUGCCUGAGUG